AGCAUCUCAUCCGAACAGGUCCACUGAAAGUCCCCCAUGGUACAAGUCAAGGAGCCUCUAACAACCGCAAAAUCCAGUAGCGAGUGAGAGCCUUCCCAGCCAGUAGUCGAUCGUUUUGCUGCUGUCGUUGGUGCCACGGUGCAGUAGUAGUUGAGCAGCUUUUAAUUCGCCAGCUGCUUGAGUGAUUCGCUAGAAACACGGACACGGACUCCAUCUACCAGGUGGAUUUGGAAUCCUUAAUUUUGUGUUCUGCUCGCGAGUGUCACGGUCGAACGUCCCGGACUUUACAGAUAGAAUAGCAGUGCCCAAGAAGUCUAGCAACAGUUGAAACCUUUGCAGCGACAUUCGUGCUCAAGUUUUUCAAGUUACAUUAUAUAUACAUUUUAUUGCUUCGCAACUUGCGCGAUCCGCGUUUAAAGAGUCAAUCCGAGAAACAAAACUCCGGAAACGGUACAAGUUUUUUUUCUCCCUUCACCUUGCGUCCCUCGUCUGAUCGCCGAUGGCGAAACGAGAUCCCGGGGAAACCGUGCGCCUCAUGCGAAAAGAGCAGAUCUGUUAUCGUCAAAAGUUGAAUUGAAAUCGCGAUAACAACGUUUAAGAGAAGAGUGACAGAUAAUCAAUAAAGUGAGUGGAGUGGUGAAAGAAGAGAAAGAAGAAAAACAAACGAAACGAGGGAAAGGAAAAUUGUUACAAAUUCACAUCAGUGCCUGGUUUUGUAAGUGUGCAUGUGUGUGUGUGUGUCCGUAAGUGUGCGCGCGUGGAGAAAGAUUCAACGGACAAGUGUAUUGAAUCUUUUUUUUUCGUUGCUCCUAGAGCUCUUGGGAAAAGUGUUUGGGGUCUCAAGCGAGGAAGCGGGAAGAUCCGAAGAAUUCCGACAAGUGGAAGAAGAAUAGUGAUUGGCGCAGUGCGGUUCAUGUAUGUUUCAAGAUUCACAACAUACUUUGCGACAACGCAGUAGAGGAAUGCUUGAUAAAAUAAAAUAUAGGCAGCAAAAUUAAAUGCCACUGCAAAGAAGAAUGACAGGAGAAGAAAUGUUGAAUGAAAACAAGAAGAGAACAUAAAAUAUUGAUGUGUAUAAAAUUAAGCGGAAGAAGCGAAAAGCUAAUCAAAACGCAGUACACGAUUGAAGCAGGAAAAAAUAAACGGUAAAGAAGCCUCUGAACAAAUGCAGUUGGCAACUGAUAAAACAACAGCACCUGAUCUUGAUGGUAAAUUGCGCUCUACUACCUUCGUUGGCAACGAGUGAAAUUACUUCAAUUGGCAGCUAGUUCAAGAAAAGAAAAUAGAAAGAAAAUAUUUUGUGAUCUGCGAUUUACAGUAAUGAUAACUUGCAAUCUAUUCCGUGUAUUUACCAGUUGCACCUUAAUUGCACUGAUUAUCAAUUUGCGGAGGCAGUGUUGUAAUUUUUUUCUUCAGUAUUAAUUAAAGUGAAGCUGUGACAGUGUUGGUUCGAUGUAUAAGGAAAUGAGACCAUUUCGGUGGUGGUUUGUUAUUAUUGUUGUUGUUAGUGUUGUUGUUCAUGUUGUUGUUGUUGUUAUUACUGCUGUGCUGUAACGCGAGAGCUGUUGGUACGUAGGCGUCAAAAGCCUGACCACAAGGCCGUCUGGAUGCGAUCAACUGUCGGAAAGUUUCUCAAGUCGUUAAUGGACGGGCUAACAUAAGCUGAAUUGAAGGCAAAAGACAACGGAUGGCAGCAGCAGCAGCCUGUUUGAGAUCAACCCAAUCACAUAUGAUUUUCCUCUGCAAUAGAAGAAUAGCUGCAAAUACGAACAUGCACGCGUGGCUUUUUGUCCUCGCGGUGCUGGCGAUUCUACAGGGUGUAACGCAAGUCGCUAGCACCGACGAUCAAUCCACCUCUCCCGCCUAUACACUCUUCACGACGGUCAGCAGUCCCAUCAGCAGCAGCAGCAGCAGCAGGAGUAGCGGUAGCAACACAGAUGGCCAGUCAGCAGCCGUGGAGGCGCUCAGUGACAGUAGUGUGGCGCAAAGUGAGCCAAAGGUGGACGAAGAUAGUUUAGACCGUCCGACCGAAGCGACGGUAGGUGAACUGCACCUGCAAGUGGUGGACGCGGCAAACACCGAGUAUAGUGAUAGUGACAGCCUACAGUUUAGUGGUAGUAGCAGUAGCGGUAGCAGUAGUAGUGAUAGCAAUAGCCAUAGCCAUAGUAAGCCCGAUCCUGAAACGCUAGUCCAAAUCGAGAGGAAUCUCGGUAGUCUGUUCGGUUUUUCCAAAAGACCAAAAAUUGAUAGAUCUAAGGUGGUGAUACCGGAAGCGAUGAGGCAGCUGUACGCCCAGAUCAUGGGCCACGAUCUGGUCGACUCCGUCCACGUGCCAAAGAAGGGCCUCAGCACGCGCAACGCCAACACCGUGCGGAGUUUUACGCAUGAAGAAAGCCAUAUAGACGAACGCUUCAAACACCAUCACCGUUUCCGGCUGAUGUUCAACGUAACGAACAUCCCGCUGGGCGAGAAGCUACGAGCCGCUGAGCUCACCCUGAACCGGGAUGCGAUCGACAAUCAGCGGUACCGGUCGGUGCAUCAUCAGAUUCUGGUGUACGACAUCGUGCGGCCCGGUGUGAAGGGUAAACGGGCCCCAGCGUACCUGCUGAUCGACAGCAAGACUGUCAAAAUCAACGAAACCGGUCCGGUCAGCGUGGACGUGCUGCCAGCCGUUGAGCGGUGGUUGCGCCAUCCCAAGCAAAAUCACGGACUGUUUAUCCAAGUUAUCAGCAAAAGCAAACGGAAGCCCCAUGCUGCUCCGCUGCAUCAGCACGUACGGUUACGGCGAAGCGUGGACGAAAGUCACGAGAAGUGGUCCCAGAAACAGCCGCUAUUAUUCACCUAUACCGACGAUGGACGCCAUAAGCAGCGACCGAUUCGCGAUGCACUGACUAACGCGAACCGAGCUCGACGGACGCCCAUGCGAAACCGUCGAAGGAAGAAUGGCUUAGAAGCUUGCCAGCGACGAUCUUUGUACGUUGACUUCAGCGACGUGGGCUGGAGUGACUGGAUUGUGGCACCGCCAGGGUAUGAUGCGUACUACUGUCACGGUGAGUGUCAGUUCCCGAUCGCUGACCAUCUGAACACGACGAAUCACGCGAUCGUACAGACCCUGGUCAAUUCCAUCAGCCACAGUCUGGCACCUAAGGCUUGCUGCGUUCCCACGCAGUUGUCUUCCAUCUCGAUGCUCUACCUGAACGAGCAAAACAAGGUCGUUCUGAAGAACUACCAGGACAUGACCGUGGUCGGGUGCGGAUGCCGUUAAACCUGCAGGUGCACUCCAGACCGCUUGUAAAUUGCACGAAAUUGUAUCAUAGCUGCUGAGAGGUAUCCUCUCAAAGAGAAUACCGACAAAAUGAUCAGCCGUAGGUUAUGAAACGUACUAAGUGAAGUGGAUAGCUGGCAUGCAACUUUCUCUUCCAUCGAAUGUCAUGUGAACUAUUUCCUAUGCGAGUGAAGAUUAGGGAACAAAUCGAACGAACGCGAGAGCGAAAGCGCGUGAAAUUGAGGACGGGAUCCUGAGCGCGGUUUGGGAUACCAUCGCGGUGUUACUUUUAGCUCUACUGUAAGAAACAACCCCAGUGUUGGUAAAAAGAUGUACAAAAAAUUAUUGGUUUUCGAGCACUGCACGAUUGGCCUUUAUUGUUUACUGCUGUUAAAACCUAAGAAUGAAAAAAAAGUGCAUAACAUAACUACCGUAAGAAAAGUGCAGCAAAUCCUGUUUUGUAAAUAUAUCUAAUUCAAAGGUUAGCUAAUAUAUUUAACUACCCCUUAAGGGCACUGUAAAAAUACACUGCAAAUGAUUUUAGAAAGCCACUAGAUUGAACGCUUCACUACAAAAGAUUUUAAGUAUUUGUUUUAUAAUGUAAACGAACAAUAUUUGUUGGAGCAUUGUUUUAUUUAUUUCGGUACGGUUAGACGGAUGUCGUUCGGAGUUACUCAACUGGAUCCAGUUAUGGAAAAAAAAGAACCGAUAUGCUUCCGGCGUGCUUGCGUACGCUUUUAUGUAUAGAGUGAUCAUUUAUCGCACAAUAGUAGAAACUGUACUCCUUCAUGCUAUCCAAUGCUACUGUUUCAUUUUGUAAAUUUGUGUAAUAUAAUAGUACCUGUAUUUGAAGAAAAGUAUUUAUUAAAUAAAUGGUCAAAAAUCGAGC